AUGUAUGUAGAAAGGAGAUAUUCUAGUGCACAAGUGUGCGCGCAGACACAAGUGCACUCUCUAUUCCUGUCAUUCCCUACUACGGUGGGACAACUACCCGACAUGACCAGCGAGUCAAGGCGCAGGACCGACGACUUUACAAGCUCUUCGAAGCACGAGGAUGAAACACCGCCAACUUCUCAACUCCAGGCUCUUACUGAGGCUUAC